AUGUCGUCUUCAGAAGUUGCUGAACAACUCCAGGAGGCUGUUUCGCCCGUGAAAUCGGUUGAAGUCAAGGAAGUGGAUCCACCGAGCCCAAGAAAGAGGAAGUUGGAAGACGAAGAGGCCGAGGAUUCUGAGUCCGCUGAGCCCGAGGAUACAAAAGCAGCAGAUGAAAACAAAGAGGAAAGCCCUGUAAAAGCUGGUGGAAAGGAGGCGCAGGAAGACGCUGUCGAUGUGGAAACAGUGGAACAGGAACCAGAAAAAGCUGCCAAAGACGACGGUCAAUCCGCUGAAGAAAAGUUGGCUGAAGAAAGUCGACCAGUAGAAGCAAGUGUUCAAGAUGAAUGCGUUGAGACUACUGAUGAGGACAAAUCGGACAACAAGGAGACAAACGAGCCCGAAUCGAAGGACCUUGACGAGCGUGAAUCAGAGGCUGAAGUUGUUGCAUGA